UGUGGUAGUUGUUUCCCUUACAUUUACAUCACCAUGUCGAAAUACAACUGUCAACAUUUUCUUCAACGCAUUAACAGAAGCUUAAAUAUUUCUGUUAUAACACUUAGAUCUAGAUCAACAUUUUUAUAGCCAAACUGUUAUAUAGAUCUUUAAUUUUGUAUCCAUUGUUUUAGGUCUAGCGAAGACAAAAAUCUAAUAAUAAUGAAACUAACAAAUCGAAGUAUUGAUAAGAACAACUGCGGGUCAGUGACAUUAGUGCCAGAAGAGCCUGAAGACAUGUGGCACACUUACAAUCUUGUUUCAGUUGGAGAUACAAUCAGAUCAACAACCAUUCGAAAAGUUCAGACUGAAUCAGCGACAGGAAGUGUAAAUGUCAACAAAGUGCGUACAACUCUUACCAUUCAAGUGGAGAGCAUCGACUUUGAUACUCAAGCAUGUGUUCUCAGAGUCAGUGGUAGAAAUGUUCAGGAGAACCAAUAUGUGAAGAUGGGAGCUUACCACACUUUACUACUUGAGAUGAACCGUCAGUUCACAUUAACCAAACAGGAAUGGGAUAGUGUUGCCUUGGACAGAAUAGACACAGCCUGUGAUCCAGCCCAGCAUGCCGAUCUUAUGGCCAUCAUCAUGCAGGAGGGUAUAGCUCAUGUUUGUCUGGUCACCCCUAGCAUGACCUUGGUUAGGGCUAAAAUAGAGACCAACAUCCCCAGGAAAAGAAAAGGCAUGUGUGAUCAGCAUACAAAGGGUCUGUAUAGAUUUUAUGAUCAGAUCAUUCAAGCUUUUCAACGUCAUGUGAACUUUGACAUUGUGAAAUGUGUUUUGAUAGCAAGUCCUGGAUUUGUCAAGGAUCAGUUUGCUGACUACUUGUUUGCUCAAGCUGUGAAGUCAGAUGAUAAAACUAUCCUAGAGAACAAAUCCAAGUUUAUUUUGGUGCACUCCUCUUCAGGGUUCAAGCAUUCUUUGAAAGAAGUCCUUGCUGACCCAGCUAUAUCUGUCAAGCUUGCUGACACUAAAGCAGCCGGAGAGGUGAAAGCAUUGGAUGACUUCUAUACCAUGCUCCAGACUGACCCUAACCGAGCCUAUUAUGGAAUCAAACAUUGUGAGAGAGCAGCAGAGCAACAAGCUAUUGAGGUGUUGAUGGUAUCAGAUGAACUCUUUAGAGCUCAAAAUGUUGCUCAGAGAAAGAGAUAUGUGUCCCUUGUUGAUUCUGUAAAAGAAAAUGGCGCUGAAGUGAAAAUUUUUUCCAGCCUCCACGUGUCUGGUGAACAGCUGGGUCAGCUGACUGGCGUGGCUGCUAUUCUCAGGUUUCCCAUGCCAGAUGAGGAUGAAGAUGAGGAUCAAGCUGAAGACUCAGAUAAUGAUUGAUGUACAUUAAGAUAUCGAUAAAUUUUGACUAAACUGCAGUUAAACCUCAAAAUAUUGAGCUUAAAUCUAUUUGACCAUUUCAUUGAAAUGAUAUUUUUUUGGGUAGGUUUCUGACUUUGAGUUAGAAAUGAAAAUUUUGUCAUCCUUUAAGACAUAACUUCACAUUGUGUUUGAGAUGCAAGUGUGAAGUGCAUAUCAUAUGGCCUUUCAGUGUCACCAGUCCUUGUUAAGCUUAUCUAGAAUUUUCUUUAUGAAUAUAUAUAAAAAAAAAAAUAAUUUGUCAAAGCAGAUGUUUCAAGUUCAGUUUUAGGAUAAUUAGCUAUUUAUAAGACUAUUCUCUAACUUGGUCUUUUAAAAAAAAUUGUCCUUAUUGGCAUUGGUCCUUUCUUUCUUUCUUGUUGUUGUUUUAUUGAUCAAACAACGGUGUAUUUAUUUUCUCUCCCAGACAAAGAUAUGAUUUAUUUAUUGAACAUGUUUGUACAUAAACUAUUGCUUCAGUGAAUUGUCAUUUGAGUCAUUUUGAAUAGUUGACUAUUCACAUGUACAAAGGCUGGGUCAGAGAGUGUGUCUGUACUGAAUGUGAAACAUGAAUGUUAAUAUAUACUUGUCAUUCAUAUGUAGAUGUCCUAAACAAAGGUAUUCUUGUGACAGGGUAGUUGUUAUUGCUUGUUGGUGCUUGAUAGAAAGUAUUUCAACCUAUCAGACAAAAUGUUUGUUCUUUUUAGCUCACCUUUGAUGUUACAUUCAUCAUGAGGGGGACUUAUUUACUAUUAACCAGAUCUAUGUAAUAUAAAUAUAUGAAAAUAUAUGAAUAAGAAUAGAGUUGUUUAUCAAACUACAAUGCUGUGGCUAUUUCUAUCUUGUUUAAAUUAGUUUUGUCAUCUGAUAGUUUUUUAAUAUUGAAAUUAGAGGGUUUUGAAUUCAAAUCUAGUAGUAAAUUUACCAUACAGCUCAGGCUACCCUAGACAUGUAAUAGGUUUAAUUCUACAAUCAAUGAUAGUAUUAAUGGAGUCACAGAACUCUUCAAGAAUUUUCCAAUUAUAUGCUUAUCCUUUGUUUUUUAAUUUUUGAAUGUGUUUAAAAAGACAAAAUAGUUUUCAUGGUGACCUUGCACUGCACAAGUAAUUAGAUAUAAAUAUGUAGAAAUUAGGGUUCUAUUUUUGGUAUGAAUGUUCUGUUGUUUCACCGCCUGCAAUGAGAACUCAAUAACAAAUGUUUAGUGAACAUUAUUUCUACCAAUAAAAAAUGAUUUGGGUGCUGGCUGAAGAAAGUCUGCUACAAGAAAGUAGUAAACCAUUUAGCGGCAGGCUGUUUCAACUGAACAAAAAAGUUGUUGACAAAUAAUGUUGGCUACAUAUACAGCAACCAUUGUUUUGCUCUGUUUGGACAAUUCAAGUGCCUAUACAGUUGAAUCCAGUUAAUCAGACUACAUCCAAAUGCGAUUGUUUUGAUUAGAUUAACAGGAUUCAACUGUAUACUAGGUUUGUUUUGGUAUUUUAGGAUUUGGUCUGAAUAAAAUUCUGGUCCAAAUAACUGGUAGUCUGUUAAACCAGAUUUGUCUGUAUCUAAAGUUGAUGUUUAGGAACUAGUUUUUUUCUUUUCAUUUUGAUUUUUGAAAAAAAACUUUGUACUGUACUUAUAAUAAAGGCAAAAAAAAUUUUCCAUUUAUAGCUGCAAGCUUUGUAAAGGAAUUAAUUAAGUAUGUUGUAAAAAAAAAUCUAUAGGUCAGUUUGUGUUAGGUGUAGGCAUUUUAAAGUUUCUAGUCCAUAAGUUGUAGCCCUGACAAGAGUCAUAGUGCUAGAUAUCUCAUGUGCAUUUGAUUAAGUUGUCCAAGUAUAUUUUAAUUUGUUGAAUCAUUGGGGGCAGGUGUAUGUAUGGUUCACAACUUGUCUGAAAAUGUCAUGAUAUUACACAUUUCUAGAGAAUGUAAUGUACAUUAAUGCUUAACUAAUAUAGACUAAAUGAUUUUAUAUCUUCAUUCUUAUGUAUCUUUUUUUUGUCUGUUCUAUGGAUAUUAUGUCAUGAAACUUUUGUCUGGUGUAUAACUCUGUGUAUACAACCUUGAGCCUUGUCUGACUGUAUGACUUGAAUGUUUGGUUCUGACAGAAUAAAUGACCACUAACCCUUGAAA